CGGGUUAUAUUAACCCCGUAGUCGUUCCACCGCAUUGCACGUUGCUAGUUAGUUGCUAUGUUGUAGCUAUUAGCACGAUAGCCAUUCCUUUGCUGGGAAGGGAAACCCGCCGUUCAAGUUGGGCUAAAGAAUACGCAGAAUUUUCUCCUUUUUGUACCUUUAAAACAGUCACAAGCUGGCACUUCAAUACAACGCAUAUCGCCUCGUAAACUUAGAGCGUGUUUCCCUUCCCCUGUUAGCCUCACCAGCUAGCUAGCAGAUAAAGUGACACCCGGUUCGUGCGAACCGUCAUCUACCCAACUGGAGGACCAUGGCGAUGAGACAGACACCGCUCACUUGUUCCGGUCAUACUAGGCCUGUGGUGGAUUUGGCCUUCAGUGGAAUCACUCCUUAUGGCUACUUUCUCAUCAGCGCCUGCAAAGAUGGCAAGCCCAUGAUGCGCCAGGGAGACACAGGAGACUGGAUUGGAACGUUUCUGGGUCACAAAGGUGCUGUUUGGGGAGCCACUCUGAACACCGACGCCACCAAGGCAGCCACUGCUGCGGCCGACUUCUCAGCGAAAGUGUGGGAUGCAGUCAGUGGUGAUGAAGUCCUCACGUUGGCUCACAAACAUAUUGUCAAGACCGUUACCUUUACUCAGGAUAGUAACUGUCUAUUGACUGGAGGAAAUGAUAAGCUCCUGCGGAUCUACGAUCUCAGUAGCCCAGAAGCAGCACCACAGGAAAUCGCCGGUCAUACCUCGCCAAUCAAGAAGGCCCUGUGGUGUAAUGACGACAAACAAAUUCUGUCAGCAGCAGAGGAUAAAACCAUACGAUUGUGGGACAGGACCUCAAUGGAGGUGGUAAAGACGCUGACGUUUGAUACGUCGGUGAGCAGCAUGGAGUAUGUGGUCGACGGUGAAAUUCUCGUGAUCACAUACGGAAAGACGAUCGCUUUCUACAAUGCUCUCAGCCUUGACCUGAUCAAGUCUGUAGAUGCCCCAGCUACCAUCAACUCUGCGUCCCUCCACCCAGACAAGGACUUUUUUGUUGCCGGUGGAGAGGACUUCAAGCUUUAUAAAUUUGACUACAGCACCAAGGAAGAGCUGGAAUCUUAUAAAGGUCAUUUUGGUCCUGUGCACUGUGUCCGCUUCAGUCCGGACGGCGAGCUGUACGCCAGCGGCUCUGAAGAUGGCACACUUCGUCUGUGGCAAACAGCAGUGGGGAAAACCUAUGGCCUCUGGAAAUGUGUUCUUCCUGAGGAACUUGCGGCAGAGAACUCGGAGCAGAUAUACACUUCACCGCCUGAAAUUAAAGCCUAAAGAGAAGUGUGCUGCUGAUUAGGGGGCGAAAAACAAGACACAAGGAAGACGCAACUGACAUGGUGGUCCCGGUUCGAGUUCUAUCAGGCCCCAGCAAGGAGAAGAAGAGUCCAGGGCAUCUCCAUCGAUAAGGAACCGAUGUUGGAAAAUAUGGCCGACUCGUCUGUCAUAAAACACACACACACACACACCUCUACACACACUGACACACACAGACACACCCACACGGUUUUAUGCAGGCACGUAGACAAUAAGGGCUACAGAGAUAAGCAGUAGAGCUAUACGUGUGUGUCGCUCAUUCAUAGCUGCCUGCUUUCUCUCUGAUGAGCCUUGUUUUGCGUGUUUAGUGUAACAUUCAUACAUGUGAACAUUGCUCAGUUCAAUUUUGGUUAGAUUUCAGUAUUUAAUGAGCUGGACCCAGGCUUUUUUCCCCAGUUCAAUCACAAUGCAGGAGGCCUGUUUUGCUACUUUAAAGAGCUUUUCUUUAAUUGAUUUAAAGAUUCACCGAUGCCGUACUCGUUAUGAAAAAGACUAUUGUAAAUGUCAAUGAAUGUUUUGUGACAAAAUGGAAAGGGAAGAAAUGUCACCAUUUUCUUUUUUUGGUUGAUUAUUAUUAACCAGUGGUUGAAUAAAGAAGUGUCGCUGUUUUAUUUCAAUGUAA